GACGCGUUGUCAACAACGGCAGGCGCUGCGGCCAGCAGUAAGUACCGCUGCCGCGCGCACGCGGCGAUAUUGUUGUGACUGCCAACAACGUGUGGUCACACAACUGAAAAGCAUCCACCCUUUAUUGUCCGAAAAGCAUGAGAACGACGUUGGAUCGGAGUUUGGGAUGAGAGCGAAAGGGCAGCGCGAUGGACAAGUACGAGAACAUCUCCGUGGUGGGCGAGGGCUCGUACGGGCUGGUGAUGAAGUGCCGCCACCGCGAGACGGGGCAGCUCGUCGCCAUCAAGAAGUUCAUCGAGACCGAGGAGGACCAGAACGUGCGGAAGAUGGCGCUCCGCGAGAUCCGCAUGCUCAAGAAGCUGCGGCACGAGAACCUGGUGAACCUGAUCGAGGUGUUCCGGCGGAAGCGGCGCUUCUACCUAGUGUUCGAGUUCGUGGACCACACGGUGCUGGACGAGCUGGAGGAGAAGCCGGGCGGCCUGGGGGAGCUGGUGACGCGCUGCCACACCUUCCAAGUGCUGCGCGCCAUCCACUACUGCCACUCCAACAACAUCGUGCACCGCGACGUGAAGCCGGAGAACGUGCUGGUGUCGCGGCUCGGCGUGGUCAAGCUGUGCGACUUUGGGUUCGCGCGGCUGCUCGCUGCCCCGGGAGAGCCGUACACGGACUACGUGGCCACGCGCUGGUACCGCGCCCCGGAGCUGCUCGUCGGAGACGUCAAGUACGGCAGGGAAGUUGACAUCUGGGCAGUGGGCUGCCUGUUUGCCGAGAUGAUGACGGGCGAUCCGCUGUUCCCUGGAGAUUCUGACAUCGACCAGCUGUUCCAGAUCGUAAAAAUGCUUGGGAAGCUGGCGCCGCGCCACCAGCAGCUGGUGGCGCGCAACCCGCUGCUGCGCGGCCUGCGGCGGGCCGCGGAGGAGCCGGCGCAGACGCUGGCGCGCACCUUCCCCGCGUGGCCGUCGUUCGCCGUCGAGCUGCUGGCGCUGUGCCUGGCCGCCGAGCCGGCGCACCGGCCGUCCGCCGCCGACCUCAUGGAGCAGCCCUACUUCACGCACGACCACUUCCCCGAGCGCUUCCUGCCCGAGCUGCUGGCGCGCGUCGCCCAGGAGAGCCAGGGCAAUCCCCUGCUGCGCAGGCAGGCCGCCGCCGCAAUCAGCUCCGCUUCCCGCCGAGACGUGCGGGGUACCAACUUGCGAAGAAGUUUUGCUGAUCCACCAAGAUGGAGGGUAAACCUUAUUCCAGCCGAGCAGAAUGCUUGUGGUGACAGCCGUAGAUUUCUUGUAGAUCUGAACAAACCUGCUUCAAGAAGAAAAAUGAGUGAUGGUAAUAACAUUAUGGAUAUAGCUGAAGAGGACCGUGAAAAUAAGGAUGAACCAGCAAAGACUCCUGGAAUGCUCUCCAAAAGUGACCUAUCUCGUGUGAAAGUGUCUGUGCAUGAUAUUCAGCUGAGUACAAAUUUUGGAGAUGAGCAAACGUCGUCACCCUCACCAGCACCUUUCCAGUCUCUGCAGUUACAUACAUUUAACGCAAACACUCAGGUUCAAAAUGAACAUUCCAUUCCUUCUUCUCAAGGACACAAUAACAUGCAAGUUUUACACCCAUCCAUUAACAAUUUGAGUUUCAGUGUGAACAGAGAUCAGACUACAACACUGCCAACAAGGAUUCCUGAACCACUGAAAAAGUCACCACUUGUGCCCGGUGGGAAGCUACGAGAAGUAAAUCGCCCUCUACCAACAACAACUUCAGUAAAUGCUACUCCCAUGCUUCAUGUGGCCCCACGUACUACCUUUAUACGUCGUUUGGACCGCAGUCUGAUGCUUGAUGUGUGUACGCCAGAUACCCACCAACCUAAUGAGUCUCCUCCUGGUGAUGGGUGGAUUACAACCAGCAAAAGACUCCUAUCAAAACCACAAAAGCAACAGGCUGUUGAUGACUUCUCCCUGCCUAAUUUACCUGGUGCUACUGGCAGUCCAACAAAGGCAUCAAAGAAAAAACAGAACCCAACUCAUCAAACACCAACAGAUGCUUUUAUAUCACCAAGAGGCAGUUGUUCUCGAUCACCAUCACAGAGCCCCAAAACAAGAUUUGGUUCUAACUUACCAUUUGUAUGAGACACUCAGAAAUAGAUGUACAAGAAAUUUCUCAAAAUCUUUAAGUUGCAGUACACACUGAUCAUG